AUCAUUAGUCUGUGGUUUUCAGCAGCCAUUUGUUAUUCGUACUGUAAUCCUCGAAAGUUUGCAAUAUCAAAAUGUUGAGGUCGGCUUCAGGCAGCCUUGUUAAAGUUUUCAAAAAAUCCCUGGUACCAGCUACUAGGGUGGGCUCCGUUCUCCCCUCGAGGCUGUCUCACGGUGGGCCCGUAGAAUCUGAUGAAGAAUUCGAUUGCAGAUAUGAAGCAUUCUUCAACAGGAAGGACAUUGAUGGCUGGGAAAUUCGUAAGGGAAUGAAUGACCUUGCUGGUAUGGACCUGGUGCCAGACCCGAAGAUCAUCAAUGCCGCUAUGUACGCCUGCAGAAGGGUCAAUGACUACGCCCUUGCAGUCAGAUUUCUUGAAUCAUGCAAGGACAAGUGCGGACCCAAACUGAAUGAGAUCUAUCCUUACAUCCUUCAAGAGAUUAAGCCGACCCUCAUAGAGCUCGGCAUUGAAACUCCAGAGGAACUGGGAUACGACAAACCUGAAUUGGCUUUAGAAAAUGUUUAUGACAUGUGAGAAGUUAAUCGCUAUCGGAGCCGUAGAGGAAUUAUUAUUAUAGUUGAUACUUUAAUUUAAUAAAACUGUGAACACAA